GCCGCACCAUCCCCGGCGCGCGGGGGGGCUCGGGCCGCGCUCCGUCCCCCGGCAGCCCCGGUUCCGCCCGCGGGGCCCGGUACCGGCACCGGGCGGGUCCCCGGGGCUCUCCUCGGGCCGAGCAGCCCCGGGCCGGGCGGACGGGCGGGGCCGCCGGGAGGGCACGGCCCCGCGGGCCGGACGGAACGGGCGGCGGCGGCGGCGGCCCCGCGCAGGGCCGGGAGCGGCGGCGGCGGCGGCGGCGGCUCCGAGCCCGCCCCGGGCUGGGCAGCGCCGGAGCUUCCCCGGGCUCGUCUGUGCCGAUCUUCUGAAUUUGGCUCCUGACUAGAGCUGACAGAUGAUGGAAACAUUUCCCUGGCGAUGUCUCUGGGGCGACUCCUCCGUCGAGCCUCUUCCAAAGCGUCCGACCUCCUGACCCCGACUCCCGGCAGCGGCGGCUCCUCCUCCGUGCUCGACGGGGAGAUCAUCUACUCCAAGAACAAUGUCUGCGUCCACCCCCCCGAGCUGCUGCAGGGCAUCGGGGAGCACCAUCCAGGCUAUCUGUGCUUGUACAUGGAGAAGGACGAGCUGCUGGGCACCACGCUGAUCCUGGCCUGGGUGCCCAACUCGCGCAUCCAGCGGCAGGAUGAGGAGGCCCUGCGCUACGUCACCCCCGAGAGCUCCCCCGUGCGCAAGGCGCCCCGAAAGCGCGGCCGCCACGCCCAGGCGCUCGGCGGCGGCCGCCCCGCGUCCCCCCCGGAGCAGAGAGCGCCGCCGGGCCCCAGGGGGGACGAGAUGCUCGCGGCGUCCCAGCUGGUGAGGGACGGGGCGCCCUCCUCGGAAGGGGACAAGCCGUCGCAGAGCGCCCGCCGGUCCCCGCAGCCGCCCCGCAGCGACUCAGGGACCCUGUCCACGCUCAGCUCCCAGGAGGAGCACUGCAGGUCCGAGGGCACGGAGGAGGGCCUGGACUGCAGGGAGGACGAGGGCUCCUUGGAGCUGUCUGCUGACGAUGUGAGCAGGGACAGCACCUUUGACUCUGAUUCUGAUGCCUUCUCUUCCCCCUUCUGCCUCUCUCCCAUCAGUGAAGCCCUGGGGAAAAGCAGCAGCUCUGUGUUCAUGGACAGUGAAAGCAGGGACACGUGUGACAAUCGCAUGACCUGCUCCACCAGCUCUGCCUCCAGCCUGGACACCAGUGCCCAGAUCCAGGAGAACAAUGGGCAAACGCAGAGCACCAGAUGGGAUGAGCAGCAGAAGGUGUUUGCCCUCGAGCAGGUGUGUGGUGUCUUCAGAGUAGACCUGGGACAAAUGAGAUCCCUUCGCCUUUUCUUCAGUGACGAGGCGUGUACCUGUGGGCAGCUGGUGGUGGCGAGCAGGGAGAGCCAGUACAAGAUCUUCCAUUUUCACCACGGUGGCCUGGAUAAACUGUCCGAGGUGUUCCAGCAAUGGAAGUACUGCACAGAGACCCACCUCAAGGACCAGCAGCUUGCAGAGGAGAAGACCUGCAUGCAGUUCUCCAUCCGCCGGCCCAAGCUGCCCUCCUCGGAGACCCACCCCGAGGAGAACUCCCAGCGCCGCCUGGACGUGGCAGCCUGGCUGCAGCACCUCAACGAGGCCGGCCAGGUGGAGGAGGAGUACAGGCUCAGGAAGGCCAUUUUCUUUGGUGGGAUUGAUAUUUCCAUCCGUGGAGAGGUGUGGCCCUUUCUGCUGCACUACUACAGCUACGAGUCCACCUCUGAAGAGAGAGAGGCACUGAGGCUGCAGAAGAGGAAAGAAUACUUUGAGAUCCAGGAGAAAAGGCUGUCCAUGACUCCGGAUGAGCAGAAGGAUUUCUGGCGCCAGGUGCAGUUCACGGUGGACAAGGAUGUCGUGAGGACCGACCGCAGCAACCAGUUCUUCCGAGGGGAGGACAACCCGAACGUGGAGACCAUGAGGAGGAUCUUGCUGAACUAUGCAGUAUUUAACCCAGCCAUUGGCUACUCCCAGGGCAUGUCUGACCUGGUCGCCCCGCUCCUAGCAGAGGUCCUGGAUGAGUCUGAUACCUUCUGGUGCUUUGUUGGGUUGAUGCAGAACACGAUCUUCAUCAGCUCCCCCCGGGAUGAGGACAUGGAGAAGCAGCUGCUGUACCUGCGCGAGCUGCUGCGGCUGAUGCACCCGCGCUUCCACCAGCACCUGUGUGCCCUGGGCGAGGACGGGCUGCAGAUGCUCUUCUGCCACCGCUGGAUCCUGCUCUGCUUCAAGAGGGAGUUCCCGGAGGCCGAGGCGCUGCGCAUGUGGGAGGCGUGCUGGGCUCACUACCAGACAGACUAUUUCCACCUCUUCAUCUGCGUGGCCAUCGUGGUGAUUUACGGGGACGACGUCAUCGAGCAGCAGCUGCCCACUGACCAGAUGCUGCUGCAUUUCAGCAACCUGGCCAUGCACAUGAACGGGGAGCUCGUACUCAGGAAGGCCAGGAGUCUGCUCUAUCAGUUCCACCUGCUGCCCCGCAUCCCCUGCAGCCUGCACGACCUCUGCAAGCUGUGCGGGACAGGCAUGUGGGACAGCGGCUUCAUCCCCGCUGUGGAGUGCUCCGGCCACCACCCGGAGUCCGAGAGCUGCCCCUACGGGGGGCUGGUGGAAGAGUCUUCUCCUCCAGCAGGAAGCGAAGGCAAGAAGGGCCUGAGAACACGGGAUGUCUUUGCCUUCCGAAAAUAGCCGAGAGGAACGGGCUGCGGCGGCGGAAGGGCAGGGCAGGGCAGGGCAGGGCAGGAAGGAUGUGCACAGGAAAAAAUGUUCAAAAAGAAAUGGAGGAAUGGCUUGUCAAGGCUCCUGAGAAGACUGGAAGGUGUGGAAUGGAGGAGGAAUUCAGUUGCUCUGUAGGGGAAGCUCCGUCGCACGGGUGAUGGAACCUGAGAGAAAGGCAUCGACCCAGGAACUGUGUUUGCAUUUGUUUUUGUUAGAAACAAGCUUUUCUAGGUUUUAACGAGGACUUUUUAUUCUGCCUCUGGGACUGGACUGGUUAGCAACCAGAACUUUCUUGCUUGCUGGUGAGAAACGAGAGCACUCCGGGCAGCCAAGGCCGCCCAGAAGUGUUGGUGGGCAGGUGGCAGGAGCAGAGCCAAGGCCACUGUCCCCUCACCCACAGCACACCUCUCUGCUUCAACCAAAACCUGCAGCUUCGUGGCUUCUUUUUAAAGCCAUAAAAGCCAUUUUAAUUAUAAUCUGCCAAAAAUAAAACUGCAGAGCGUUGGGAUUGCA